GCAGCCGGGAGGCGCUCGGCGGCACCGGCGGAGGGGGACCCGCCGCCCGCCUCGCCCGCCCGCCGCCAGCAACCCCCCCCCGCCAUCCCCGCCUCGGGGGCGGCUGCCCCGGCGGAGCCUCCAUCUGCAGCCCGGCGGCGGGAGCGGGAACAUGGCGGACCUGGAGGCGGUGCUGGCCGAUGUCAGCUACCUGAUGGCGAUGGAGAAGAGCAAGAGCACCCCGGCGGCCAGGGCCAGCAAGAAGAUCACCCUGCCUGAGCCCAGUAUACGCAGUGUUAUGCAGAAAUACCUUGAGGAAAGGGGUGAAUUAACCUUUGACAAGAUCUUUCAUCAGAAAAUUGGAUUUUUGCUUUUUAAAGACUAUUGCAUGAACGAGAUUGAUGAAGCUGUCCCUCAACUGAAGUUUUAUGAAGAGAUAAAAGAAUAUGAGAAACUGGAUUCUGAGGAUGAGCGUCUGACCCGAAGUCGGCAGAUUUAUGACACGUACAUAAUGAAGGAGCUCCUCUCCUGUUCGCAUCCUUUCUCAAAACAAGCUGUAGAUCAUGUACAAACGCAUUUAGCCAAGAAACAAGUGCCAGCCAGCCUUUUUCAGCCAUAUAUAGAAGAAAUUUGUGAUAGUCUCCGAGGAAAAAUAUUUCAAAAAUUUAUGGAAAGUGACAAGUUUACUAGAUUUUGUCAAUGGAAAAACGUAGAACUAAAUAUUCAUCUGACCAUGAAUGAUUUUAGUGUACAUAGAAUAAUAGGAAGAGGGGGAUUUGGUGAAGUGUAUGGUUGCAGAAAAGCAGACACUGGAAAAAUGUAUGCAAUGAAAUGUUUAGAUAAGAAGAGAAUCAAGAUGAAGCAAGGAGAAACAUUAGCCUUAAAUGAAAGAAUUAUGCUGUCUCUUGUCAGCACAGGGGACUGUCCUUUUAUAGUGUGUAUGACCUAUGCCUUCCACACCCCUGACAAGCUCUGUUUCAUUCUGGACCUGAUGAAUGGAGGAGAUUUGCACUACCACCUCUCCCAGCACGGAGUGUUUUCUGAAAAAGAAAUGAGAUUUUAUGCUACUGAAAUCAUCCUGGGUUUAGAACACAUGCACAAUCGCUUUGUUGUAUACAGAGACCUAAAGCCUGCAAAUAUCUUGUUGGAUGAACAUGGGCACGUGAGGAUAUCAGACCUUGGGCUGGCUUGUGAUUUUUCCAAAAAGAAGCCACAUGCUAGUGUCGGUACCCAUGGAUACAUGGCUCCUGAGGUGCUCCAGAAGGGAACAGCAUACGACAGCAGUGCAGACUGGUUCUCAUUAGGCUGCAUGCUUUUCAAGCUUCUAAGAGGUCACAGUCCUUUCAGACAGCACAAAACCAAAGAUAAGCAUGAGAUCGACCGGAUGACGCUCACCGUGAAUGUGGAGCUACCAGAUUCAUUUUCUCCUGAACUGAAGUCCCUUUUGGAAGGGCUCCUGCAACGGGAUGUUAGCAAGAGACUUGGAUGCCAAGGAAGAAGUGCACAAGAAGUAAAAGAACAUCCAUUCUUCAAAGGCAUUGAUUGGCAGCAAGUCUAUUUACAAAAGUAUCCUCCACCACUUAUUCCUCCCCGGGGAGAAGUAAAUGCAGCAGAUGCUUUUGAUAUUGGGUCAUUUGAUGAAGAGGACACUAAAGGCAUUAAGUUGCUUGAUAGUGACCAGGAAUUAUAUAAGAACUUCCCUCUGGUAAUAUCGGAGCGUUGGCAGCAAGAAGUAGCAGAAACUGUUUAUGAUGCAGUAAAUGCAGACACAGAUAAAAUUGAGGCCAGAAAAAGGGCUAAAAAUAAGCAGCUUGGCCACGAGGAAGAUUAUGCACUUGGGAAGGAUUGUAUUAUGCACGGAUACAUGCUGAAAUUGGGGAACCCAUUCUUGACUCAGUGGCAGCGUCGCUACUUUUACCUCUUCCCAAACCGGCUUGAAUGGCGAGGGGAAGGAGAGUCCCGGGACCUCUGGACUAUUUAUACAAAAAAACAUAAACUGCAAAACCUGCUGACAAUGGAACAAAUAGUAUCUGUUGAAGAAACACAAAUUAAAGACAAGAAAUGUAUCUUACUGAGAAUUAAAGGAGGAAAACAGUUUGUCCUACAGUGUGAGAGUGACCCAGAAUUUGUUCAGUGGAAAAAAGAGCUGACAGAAGCUUUUACUGAGGCACAGAGGUUGCUGCGUCGAGCUCCAAAGUUUCUCAAUAAAUCUCGCUCAACAGUUGUAGAGCUUUCAAAACCACCACUCAGCCACAGGAAUAGCAAUGGUCUGUAGGAGACACAGAGAAUGGAGUUCACUUAGGGAAAGCUACUUGGUGAACAUGCUGAGUUUCACAGAAUCCUUACAAAUUACUUUGUGCAAUCCUGGACGUGGGAUGUGCUUAGAAGAGGAAGAACAGAUGUUUACAGCGUGGGAUAAUGUCAGAACUCUGUCUCUGGAGGUUGCGAAGACUGGAACAGUGGCAAGUGAAUUCAUGCUCCUAGCAGUGGUGGAAAUUACCAAGCGCAGAGGCUGCAUAUUGCUCCCAUGCAUUCCCACACCCCGGAGGUGUCUAAAAUGUGGUCCGUUACUCUAGAACUACUGAUGGAAGGAAGGUCCUGCUUUCUCUGCAAUACCCUUGUUUGGUGCGUGCCAAGCCUGGAGACUGAAAUGGUUACUGCUGGCUAGGAUGACACUUCUGUGUGCGAUACCGAGAAACCCCUCAACUUGGAAGGAGCUGCAGACUUGCCAUGUUGGAUAACCUUUAAUCUGUCGUGUUGCCAUGUUCUUUCCAACCAUUACUGCUGACUUGAUAAUAACCUUUCUCUGUACUGCUGAUGGUCAACAGUGUGACUCUUAUGCACUUCAAAGUACUGAAUUCUAACUGUCCUGUGGUUUAAAUGUUACUGCUACUUCAUGGAAACAUUGAACUCAAAUUAUUCACUUGGUUUGUUGUACUCACUAAUAGUAGCUACCACCGUUUUGCUUCUUCUACGUAUAUGCAGUACUAUAACUGACACAGUAGAGUAAUAAUUGGUGAAGAGGAAUUUAUGGUAGCUUCAUCUAGUGCUCUGUUGUAUAAAUUGACUAUUUUAGCACAGUUUUUAAAGAGCAGAUUCCUUUUGAAAAGUUUACAGUGAACAUAAAGACAGUACUUUUCCAUUUCAGGUCAACAGCACUUUUUAAAAAUUAAAAAGAAAUUAAUUAAAUCCAAUGCAUUCUAGUGCAUGUACUGGGUUAAAAUGUCUGGGUACCUUGGUACGUAUUCUGGAUCACUCUUCAGUUACGGGACUUGUGGAUCCUUCUCUGCUGUACAUAAAACCAUUAAGCAGGUGUGUUCUCAUAGCAUAGAUAGCCCAGACUUUCAUUGUAGCUCAGCUCAGGAGUUUCAUGCACACACACCACGUGGCUCGGCUUGCAAAACGGUUUUUAAUUUUCUUUUCUAGAGAGUUCAAACUGUCCACACUGAAAACCAUCCAAAAAUACUGAGGAUGGAACUGACGAAAUGAGCUGUUCAGAUGCCAGAUUUGUAUUAGUUCUACUUGAGACAGCAGUCACAUCAUGUGGAAGCCCUUGCUAAAGUAAAGAUACAAUCUCUUAACUGUUAGACAACUUUAAGCAUGUGAAGUCUGCCUUUCCCUGGUUAUUGUGAUGUUUUGUAAGAGAUAAGUCAGGGCUGAAUUUAAGCUUUUUUACCUGAUUUGGUAAACACCUUAGAGAGUGUUUUCUGCCCAGCUGCGGUGGUAUGACUCUCAUAGUCCCUAAAGACGAUGGGAAUUGCAUCUGCAUAAACGGGAAUAGAAUUUGUGCUGACAGCUUGCUCUGCCCACCUGGCAUGCACGGUUUGUCUGGCGUGUGUUGCUGACAGAUAACCACAGAGUUCUAGACCUGUUUCCUUGUAGAAAAGUACAGAUUGGCAAAAAUAGGAAAACUAUUUUGAAAGUAUUUGUUUAUCCUGAACACACUUGUGAUAAAAUUAGGUGUAUUUGCUUCUCAAAGUGGGAAGGCUUAACUCUACAUAGCAUGUGCUUUCACAACUGUGUGAGCUCUGUCUUACUAUCUGGUGUGGCAUAAAAAGAAAAAUGCAUUUUGGAAAAUACCUUGUGUGAGUCAGGUGGUAUCUUUUAAUGAUUUCUUUUUUCCCCUGUUUAUUUUUCGAAUUAUUCUGUAUGAAGAUUACCAACUCCUCUGCCAUUCUUACUGGUGAGUGGUGUUUAGCAUCUCAGCAUCCUCUGUAAGGAGUAGUGGUGGUAUUUACUGAUGUUUGGAGUGGAAGAUGUCUCAUCUUUCUGGCACUGGCUGUGCAGUAGAUGUUGUUAAGCUUUUCCUACAAUACCAUGCGAUGCUCUGAUUUUUCCUCUUGAUUUGGAAAAAACCCUCAGAUUGUGAUAAAGAUCACUCUUAGAUCUAACUUGUUCAUACUUUCUUCGUUCACGGUCAGUUCCAUUCUUCUCUCUUAGUUACUUUCCACAGUUGCUUUUUAUGCAAAAUGCUUGUUGGUGGAGUUUUGUGGUGUGGUGCGCCAGACACCGUAGGUUCUGGACGCUGGUGUCUGCGAGGAGGGGAGGGACAGAUCUGCAGUGGGGACGUUGUACCUCAAACCCAUAGAUUUUAUAUGAAACAAGGCUGCGUAUUGACUUACAGAAAUACACAGAUUUUGAAGUGUAACAGAGUUGGGAUAGCCCUUAUUGCCUCAUCGGGGUACAUGGCAGCUGAGCUGUGCCGUCGGUCAGCACCGCUCGCCAGUGUCAGAUGGGAGUGGGAUAGUAAAAGAUUUGGGUUUUUUCAACUGAUCUAUCAACAAUUUAUAAAAGCUUUAUAUUUGUGACUUGCAUGUGACUGCGCUGUUAGGAGAGGAAGAGAGACUACCGUAGCGAAAAACUCGCGUACGUGUGGGGAAAGCUGGGAUCCCAGUAACAAGCGGGGCUCUGUGUGGAAGGGACUGGAUCUGCUGGUGUGGAGGGAAAGCUGGAAUUCUGCCCUUCAAAGCAAAAUGCUAGAUACUGCUCCAAACUGAUCGUCCCUGGUUUAGGUACCAGAUUCUCUGAAGGUUGUUUUUUUUUUUUUCUUGAAGGGUCAAAGGUUCUUGUUGGUGUUAUUUUACAUGAAGGUCUUCAGCUGUAAGAAAAUCUUACUGAAUGCAGAAACCAUAAGGCACAAUGUCUUUUACGCAUUUUGACCACAUUUGUAGGACUGUUCUUUUUUUUUCAUGUUCAGGGAAGUAAAGAUAAAAGAAAUUAGAGCUUCAGGCAUCAACAGAGCUGAGUGAAUGAUUAAACACAGACUUUAAAACAAAUUAUCUGAAAGUCCUUUAAAAAAAAGUCAGCUGUACGUACUGAAGAUGUAAGCGUGUAUGGGAAUUGUUUCUGAAUUUCAAAACAGAGAAUUACAUGCCAGAUAGAGCCAUAUUAAACACUCCCCUUACACAUCCACAUGCCUUCUCAGUGCUGCAGGGAUUAUUUUCUGAUUAUUCUGUGUCUCUGACUUACGAGCUGACAAAUGCAGUUAAGACUAGGGCCUGGAAAGCAAGUGCGAGUGCUGUGGUGGUAGAAAGAUGUGUAAUUUCUGCAGGAGCUGUGCUUGGGGGGAUCACAGUGACUGUUCAGAGAGCUGCAGCUCUGUGCUGCGAGCUUUUCCUUUCCUGCUGCUCUGAGGUAGGGCAUCAUUUUUGAUAGGUGGGAGUUGCUGUAAAUUAAUGUCUCACUUCAAGAAUAGGGACACAGAAAAUUCUAGCCAAAAUCAGACCUUUGUAAGUUGAAAUUUAGGUGAAGGAGAAGCAAAGUGCCAGUUAUUCCUGCUGUAAGCCAAGUGUGACUGAGGAACUGUUUGGAGCUGGGCUUGGCUGAUGCUGUGAAGUGUUCCCUGGACACCAUGUCAGCCGAGAUGUCACGUCAUUGCAGGUAGAAGUUAGGCACUUUUUAUUAUUCAAAUUUAUUUGGCAAUUAUUUUGCAAAUUCAUGAAACUGUUAAAGGAACAUCUUUUAAAAAAAACUUCACGUAGGUGCAGGCUAUCCAGUUUUCUAAGUAUAAAAGCUUCUUCGUAUUAGUUGUGUUUGAGCUUUGUGCCUUGUCACUGGUCCAGCAAAGUCUACGCCUGCAGUCUCAUGAGUUACUUCUCAAACCGCUGCUGUGAGAUAAGCUCUGCUGGUGUAAAUGCUGGAGCUGAUCCAGCUUGCAUUGACGUUCCCGGUAUGUUACCCCCUGUUAGGCUUCAAAAACGAAGACUCUGAGCGAGCAUGCUAAUAAUAGUUGGCUGUGCGGAUGGGAACCCUGGCAGGAGGGGACAGCAUGGUGCUCAGUGAGCAAGGGUGACGGCACACAGCUCCGGCAGAUAUACCUCAGCUUAGUUGCGUUUGGAUUUUCCUUCAUUUCAACAACUCUUCUUUAGCAAUGCGGCAGAAAUAUUUCUUCUCCCACUUCUCCUGGUGGGGGGAAAAAAAGAAGGAAAUAGGAUCAUCGGGUUGGUUUUGGUUUUAAUACACAUGCUGGUGUUCGCAGUCUGGUGCAUAGAUAAUACGAAAUGUGGUGUAUUUGGUGCUAAACCCCCCCCUGUUUAUCGAAGUUGUGAUCCUGUAUGAGGGGAUGCUGUUGAUGUCCAGCGCAACGGCUCGAGGUGUGGAUUUGGUACAGCAGCAUUGCCACCACGAGUAGGAUCCAGCCCCUGCUGGCUGUGCUGACUUGCGCAUUAACGUUUUGUAGGUUUACAGUAAAUUAGCUCAUGAAAAGUGAAGUACCUGGAGCUCUGUGCGUUGCUCUUUUCCUGGCAGCUGAUCAGUUUUAGGACUAGAUUCUUUUUUAAUGUCAUGUGCAUAUCUACGUGCUGCAGACGUCCACAGUCGCACACUGGUUUCACUGUUCCCCGCACAGCAGAUGGCAAUGAUACAGUUACUUUAACUCUGAAAUGCUCACACUCUAAAUAUAUAUGGAAGAAGGACUAUUUUGAAGUGUACAGUAGAAAGUAAAUAAUUCUAGUUGUAUUGAUUAAUAUAAGGAAUGAGUCAAUUCUAAAAAUUAAAAAAAAUCUGAAAAGCGUAUUUUGAAAAAGCAUAGUAUUAAUUUUAAUAUUGUAAAAAAAGGAAAAUAUCUAAAAUAUACAGAGAACAUAUGUAUAUCCAAAUGUCUGAGAAAUUUCAAGAUAAUCUACUUUUGUUUUCUGUUGAUUUCUAUUCCAUGGUGUACAUAUUGUGUGGAUUGAACAUUGGCUGUUUUAAUACUGUUGUUAAAUUGUAUUUUUAUUUUUUGUUAAACUAAUCAUCACAGACUCAGCUUUAUUUUGUUUAUGUAAAGGUUGCUAUGCUAUGUAGGUAUAAAACCAAGAAUUCUAUUUUAACAAAAAAGCAUUUUAUAUUAUUUAUUAAAUACAUGUUUCUCCAACUUCUGACAUUCCACAGAAUUUCUGCUCCGUAUAUGUAUAGAAAUGACAGCUCCUUUCAAGCAGGAUCAGUCAGCUUUAUUCUGUUUUUCAUAAUAAAGUGGAAAUAGUUCCCAUCAGCCUGUCCAGCUCACCCUUCUGUUAGAGCGUAGUGACUUCCAGGUACAGACGGGCCCAUCCCAGAGUGCAGUGGCUCGUGAAUGUUGAAUCAUCUGAAAAACUCUUGCAAAUAAACCCCUGGAUGUGAUACCUUUAAAUUUCCCCACUAUGCCCCAGCAUCCCAGAGAGUGAGCUUUUAUUCACAUGACUCUCUGCUGGGUUAACGAGAAUUAAUGACCUUAAAAUUGGGGCAAGGAAUCAGCUUGAUAUUUGAAAAAGCUCAGACAUCAGCUGAGAUAUUUGCAAAGCUUGUUAAUUCCACGGCUAAUGAGCAAGUGGAAGGGAGAGCCCAGAGGGGCUGCUGAGUUUGAGCGCUGGAGGAGUCCUGGUGUGGGUCUGCUCGGAGCGGUGGCUUACGUUGGGCUGGUUCGGGUACAGAGCAGAGGUGUGCUGCCUGGCAUCGAUAAUGGCAAAAAUGUAUUUACUGAAAAUUAUUUUUGCUGUUUCAGGGUGAUUACUUGGUCCUUAAAAAUAGGCUGGAGCCUGCACAGAUAGGAGAGGUGUGCUGCGGAGCACUGGGGAGCCAGGCAGCUGGGACAGAUGCCCGGCCGCGGCGCAGGGCUGUGCUCCUUGUCCCUGUGCUGCAGCUGAGCAGGGGAGCGGGGACCCCUAGGACCCCGGCAGGGACUGUGCCUCCAGGGGGGUGUCAGGAGGGUGACCCUGUGCUCCCCGAGCUGAAGCAACCUCAUGAGGCAGCCCCUCGCUGCAAGUAACUGCUGCUGGGCACAUCUGUAGAUAACCAAACCAGGCACCCCCUUCCCCAGCAAGGUACAAAAAUAGCACAAAAUUCAUCAGAUAACUCAGUUGCUAAAAAUAAUUCCAGUUGCAAUCGUGGCCUCUGCAGUCUGAGGAACACUCAAGGUAGUAAAGCACAUGCUUUUAAUUUCCACUGUGGCAGAGCUUGAAGUACGUGCUCAUCGGGGCUUAACCGAAUGAUAUCUUGAGGGUGAAAUCUGGCUUUUGCCUGCUGUGCCACUGAAGCCGCAUCUUCUUGUUGAGAUGCUGCCGAAAGUGGGGAGGAGGUGGCUGCUUUUCCCCUGUAGUAGUUAGUUCUUGCCUUGUUUUCCAUUUUCCCCUUCUUCACGCCUGUCUGACCGUGUUUGAUUCCUGCAGCUGAGGAGUGAGCUGUGGCAUUGAGAGUGGGAGAGGGAGGCCAGCGGCAGGUGUGAAACCGCGGUGGUGCCGUGAGGUCGUGGUUCCUUGCUGUACCGUGACAGGGAUAGCGCCCAGACUGGUGCCGCAAACCUGAUGCGUGCCCAAGCAGGGCUUUGGUAGAAAACCUGGGGAGGGAUGCAGAAAGCUGGUGGUUCAUCCACAGUUGGGGUUUGUCCGGGUCUGUGUAGCUCAGUGUAUUGCCAGGCUGGAAAAGGAGACGGAUGCAGGCGAGCUGGGGGCUUGCCGGGAUGCGGGGCUGGAAAGAGGCUUCCCUGGCUGUAGCAGGCAUCUUUUCCUUACGGAAAGGGAGAGAUCAGAGAGCAGGUGAGAUGGCAAAUAAAAACAAGUCUGAAAAACAGAAUAAAGUGAGAGCAUCCUAGGAGAGGUGCUUUUAUGAGCACUGUUUCAGUGACUACAUUUGGUCCUUUAAAAAAAAAAAAUUAAGGAGCAGAUUCACAUGAAUAGCUACUAGUGAUUUAAAGAAAUAUAUUGAAAGAGAACCUGUUUUCAAUGUGUAAUUUAAUGGUAAGAAAAGCCAGUAUCUGUAAAUAACUUUAGAUAUUGUAUCUAUGAGAAUCAUUCUUUGUUUUAUGUACUUGGCUCUUUUCAUAUUUAUUGUGCAGAGGAGGGUGUGCCCCGUGCCGGUGUAUGCUGCUGCACGUUCCGGUAGUAUUUCUCACAGAGACUUAUCUUCAGAGUUUACAGUCCUUGGCGAUUUGUGACUGAUGUGCCACACUUAGUUAAUCCCGCCAUUAUUUUUUUAAAGGAUUAUUUUGGCACAGCUAAGCUGCUUCUGUGUGUUGGUCAGUACGACUGCUCUCAUAUGACAAGAACCCCAAUAAAAACCGUCCUUUGCGUGUG